GUUUCAUUAAAAAUGCAUUCUUCAAUGGUUAUUUUAAUGUUAAUACCAUUCUUCUUCUUUUGCUUCCUUCUUGUUGUGCAAUCCUCUUUUCAUGAUGUCUCUUUCCAAGAUGAAUUUCCAUUGUGGGUCGAGGGGCGCGAGAGGACGUUACUUAUCAAAAAUGUGCACCGUGCUAAUGUUGUUGUUGCUCCCGAUGGGUCUGGAAACUUUGUCAAAGUGAUGGAUGCUGUUUUAGCUGCGCCAAAUUUUAGCAAGGAUCGUUUUGUGAUACAUAUAAAACGCGGAAUUUAUAAAGAAAAUGUUAUUAUCGAUGAGAAAAAGAACAAUCUUAUGAUGAUAGGAGAUGGAACGGAUGCAACAAUUAUCUCUGGAAAUUUAAGUUCGCGCCAUAACAAUUUGACUACAUUCGAGACAGCCACCUUCGGUGUUGAUGGAAUGGCAUUCGUAGCACGAGAUAUUACUUUUCAAAACACCGCGGGACCUAUAAAUGGACAAGCAGUUGCAUUGAGAUCAAGUUCUGAAAAAUCUAUCUUUUAUCGGUGUAAAAUUAUUGGUUACCAAGAUAGCUUAUGUGCUCACUCUAACCUUCAAUUUUAUAGAAAUUGCAUUAUAAGUGGUACAGUUGACUUUAUAUUCGGGUAUGCGGCUGCAGUAUUUCAAAACUGCCAAAUAAUAGUCAAAAAAGGAUUACCAGGACAAUAUAACACUAUCUCUGCUCAAGGAGGAGAAUAUGGACCUAACAAACCAUUUGGAUUUGUAUUCCAAUUCUGUAAAAUUUAUGCUGAUUCUGACCUUCUUCCGAUAUCUAAAUCUAUUAAAACAUACCUUGGAAGACCGUGGGGUGCACAUUCAAAAACAAUAUUCAUGCAAUCUUAUAUAAGUGACAUGUUGAGUCCAAUAGGAUGGUCAGAGUGGAUUGGGCAUCCCGAAUAUUCUGACACAUUGUACUAUGCAGAAUAUCAAAAUUAUGGGCCAGGAGCUAUGUUGCAAUAUCGUGUAAAAUGGAAAGGGUAUCAUAUCCUAAAAUAUUCUAAGGAAGCCAUUAACUUUACAGUAGCCCGAUUAAUUUCCGGGAAUACAUGGAUACCCUCUACAAAUGUACCUUUUACUCCUGGGUUAGGGAAAUAAAAUUGUACUCCCAAGAAAUAAAACAUAAUAUAUAAUAUAUUGUUGACGUUUAGUUUUA